CCCCAUUCACCCUGUCUCUUUCUAGUACUCCGUUCAUUCUAUUUAAUUCACCUGCAUCUUCUCUUCAGCCACCUUUCUUCAUUUACAUCUCCGUCUUUGCUCUAAAUUCUCUGCUUCUGCGAUACAAUUUCUCUCCUGUCUUGGGUAGAAAUGCAAGCAACAAUGUUUCUGAGAGCUGUUUCAGCCUUUCCUCUGUCAAACGGACAGGGAGAUGCUGCUUUUAGUCCCAGCAAUGGCCUCUCUUCUUCUUCUUCUUCUUCUUCUUCUUUCGCAGCCCUGAAUUUAUCGCCAAGAAGGCGAAGAAACAGUCUUGUGGUUUCCGCCGCUGUGGAUAGCGGUUUGCAGUUGACUGGUGUAGUGUUCCAGCCAUUUGAAGAGGUCAAGAGGGAAGCUUUUAUGGUUCCUAUCUCUCCUCAAGUUUCUCUUGCUCGCCAGUUCUAUGUGGAUGAGUGUGAAGCUGCAAUAAACGAGCAGAUCAAUGUGGAAUACAAUGCUUCCUAUGCAUACCACUCCAUGUUUGCAUAUUUUGACAGGGACAACGUUGCCCUGAGGGGCCUAGCCAAAUUUUUCAAGGAAUCCAGUGAAGAAGAAAGAGAGCACGCUGAAAAGCUAAUGAAGUAUCAGAACAUACGUGGAGGGCGAGUAAAACUGCACUCUAUGCUGAUGCCUCUGUCAGAGUUUGAGCAUGCAGAGAAGGGAGAUGCAUUGUAUGCUAUGGAAUUAGCAUUGUCUUUGGAGAAGUUGACAAAUGAGAAACUAUUGAGCGUGCACAAUGUGGCAGAUCGAAACAAUGAUCCACAAAUGGCAGAAUUCGUUGAGAGAGAGUUUUUGAAAGAACAGGUUGAAUCCAUUAAGAAGAUAGCAGAAUAUGUUACUCAAUUAAGGAUGGUUGGUAAAGGCCAUGGAGUCUGGCACUUCGAUCAGAUGCUUCUCCAUGAGGAUGAUGCUGCAUGAUGUAGAUUAGAACUUGUAUUUUGAUUUUGGUUUUAAGUGUGCCUUUUUGUGUUGAAAUUUCCACUGUAGCUUUAGUGUAUUAGAGAGAAUAAAUUAGCAGUGUACCAUGUGGAUUAUAUAAACAUCAAUGUGAUAUAAAGCAGGUAGCUGUUUUUGGUUAAAACAAUAAGAGUGACUUCACAGGAUUUAGCGGCAGAA